AUGAGAGUCCUUUGCGUCGCAGAGAAGCCCAGCAUAGCCAAGAGCAUCACACAGAUCCUCUCCAACGGCCACUGGAAUACCCGUAACAGUGGGCAUGAUUAUAUUAGAAACUAUGAUUUUCCUUAUAGGCUGCCGCCACCACUUGGGCAGGGGAGGGAUGUUGAUAUGACUGUGACUGCCGUAUUAGGACAUCUCACUUCGAACGACUUUGACGAUGAUCACCGCAAAUGGGGUUCCUGCGAAGCCUUCGCCCUCUUUGAAGCCCCCAUCAUCACCUACGUCGAUCAAAAACUGAAAUCAGUCGAACGCAAUCUCAGAAACGAAGCUCGCAACGCCGACAUGGUCAUGAUCUGGACAGAUUGUGAUCGCGAAGGAGAACAUAUAGGCGCUGAGGUUGUGGAGGCGUGUAAGAAGGGGAAUCCGAGGAUUGUUGUGAAGAGGGCGAGGUUUAGUGCUAUCAUUGCAGCGCAAAUACAUAGAGCAUGCUGCAACGCCGACAACCUAGACCAAAGACAAGCAGACGCCGUAGCAACCCGUAUAGCUCUAGACCUGCGUAUCGGCUCGGCCUUUACGCGUCUGACGACAAUGACGCUGCAAGCUAGAAUACCAGAGUUUGAUAAUCAGGUUAUCUCUUACGGGCCGUGUCAGUUCCCGACGUUGGGGUUUGUGGUGGAUCAGUAUACCCGCGUACAAGCGUUCUCGCCUGAAACGUUUUGGUACAUCCACGUUACCCUUCCUCGCCAAAACAACAACAAUAACGCUUCUGACAAUGAUACCGACCAAGAGGAGCAAGGUGGAAGAAGGGGAAGGGGAGCAGGGGAAGAGAUUGUAGAGUUCAAAUGGAAGCGAGGUCAUCUGUUUGAUUUGGAAGUGGCUGUGAUGCUCUUUGAAGGGUGUGCGGAAGAUCCGGAGGCGGAGGUUAUCAAGGUUGAGAGUAAACCUGCUACCAAGUGGAAACCGUUACCAUUGACUACUGUCGAGCUUCAACAGUCCGGCUCGCGUCUCCUGCACAUGACUCCCAAACAAGUCCUCGACCAUGCGGAGAAGUUGUAUCAGAAAGGGUUUGUUUCGUACCCUAGGACAGAGACGGAUCAAUAUGAUCCGAGUUUUGAUUUCAACUCGCUCAUUGAGAAACAGACGCACAGCGAGCUGUGGGGAGAUUAUUCUCGCAAUUUACUGAAUGGUGCAUUCCAACGUCCCCGAAACGGCCGCAAAAACGAUAAAGCCCACCCCCCCAUCCACCCCACCUCCCACGCCUCCCCCACCGUCCUCUCCCCCCAAGAAGCCGCCGUCUACGCCCUCAUCACCCGCCGCUUCCUCGCUUCCUGCUCUCACAACGCCACCGGCCGGUCCACCACCGUCACCAUCGACAUUGCCGGCGAACUGUUCUCGACGAGCGGGCUGGUGGUGGGGGAUAGGGCGUAUUUGGAGGUGUAUGUGUAUGAGAGGUGGGAGGGGAGGGGGGUGCCGGGUUUUGAGGAGGGGGAAAGGUUUUGGCCGGGGGUGGUGGAGUUGAAGGAGGGGGAGACGACGAGGCCAAAGUUGUUGACGGAGGCGGAUUUGGUGGGGUUGAUGGAUAAGAAUGGCAUCGGUACGGACGCGACGAUAGCAGAACAUAUAGCCAAGAUCAUCGAACGCGAAUACGUCACGGAAAAACAAGAAGCGCGUAUCAAGUAUCUCUUGCCCUCCACGCUUGGGGUCGGGCUGGUGGAGGGGUUUAAUGAGAUUGGGUUUGAUAGGAGUUUGAGUAAACCGCAUUUGAGAAGGGAGACGGAACAUAGGAUGAAGCUCAUUUGCGAGGGCCGGAAUAAGGGGCAGAUCCUGGCGCAGACGAUUGAUGAGUAUAAAGAUAUCUUUGUGCGGGCUAGGCAAGCGUUUCAGACUAUCACCGACUGCGUUCAGAGUUAUCUCACUGGACAAGGGGAAGCGCAGCAAGCCUUGAGGGCUAUGAACCGCGGUCGGGGCGCAGCGAGGGGCGCGAGGGGAGCGGCGCGUGGGGCAGCGAGGGGUGCGAGAGGAGGAGCAGGGCGCGGGGCGCGAGGGGGGGGAGGGGCUGGGGGCGGUGGGGGUGCGCCGAGAGGAAGAGGAAGAAGGGAUGAUGAGGAGGAUAGUGAUGAGGAUAGUGAUCCCGGGCCUGGGAGAGGAGGGGGUGGGAGGGGCAGGGGGGGGGGUGGGGCGGCGAGAGGUGCGGCGAGAGGGAGGGGGAGGGGUGCGGGGAAUGUGGUGCCUGCGAGACGGGCGAGAUCACCAUCAGCAGCGCGACAGCAAGACGCAGACGACAAGAUGUGCAAUUGCGGGCAAGAGGCUGUAUCGAGGGUGGUGCAAAAGGCGGACUCGGCGCACAAGGGACGGUCGUUCUGGACUUGUUCGAAGCCGCAAGCAGAUCAAUGUGGUUUCUUUGAAUGGGCCGACCAGGAUGGCGGAGGUCAAGCGCCACCUGCCAAGAAACCUCGCAUCAACGCUCGAGACAACGCGGGACCUUCAAAUCGUAAUGGGAACGGCGGUGGAGGUGGAGAUGUCAAGUGCGAUUGCGGGCUUGAGGCAGUGUGUAAUUCUGUCAAUAAAGAAGGACCGAACAAGGGUAGAAAGUUUUGGUCAUGUCCCAAUAAUCCUCGGGCGAGAUGCAAAUUCUUCUCGUGGGAUGACGAAAUGGAAGGCGGAGGUGGCAGUGGGCACGGAGGCGGUCGAGGAGGGGCGCGCGAAAAUGGGGGAGGAGGAGGGUAUGGCAAUGGAGGGGGUGGUGGUGGUCAAGCUGGAGAGUGUUUCAACUGUGGUCAAUCGGGCCAUUGGUCCAGCGCGUGCCCUCAACCCAAGAAUGGCGGUGGUGGCGGAGGAGGAGCAGGAGCAGGAUGGGGAGGUGGCGGGGGCUCGAGAGGGGGUGGAUCGUCGCGAGGCGGGGUGAAGAAGGGCAAAGCACCCGCAAGAGGGGGUGGAGGAGGCAGCGGAGUCAUCGGCGGUGAGUCCUCAGCAUUCUUUACAGAUCAGCCGGAUUCUGACGGACGUGUUUAG